GUUUUCCAAAUACCUUAUGAAUAUGGCGGAGCCACUCCCACGACCACAACACUUUUCUCGGAUAUCAAACCCUGUUCCGCCGCUACCACCACCACCACCACCACCGUAUCCACAGGGACCCAUAAUUCUGGCACCGCCGCUAGCAGCAGCUGGGCAAAUUGUUUGGACUAUUACACCAGCACCUCUUCUGCCGGUAGCACAAAUUCUGCCGCUACCACCACCACCACCACCAUCUGGUGGUUUUAGUGGAGUUGCACCUUGCAGUUACAGUUAUCAAUGUUUUACGCCAACUCAUCAGCCACUGCCUCCGCUGACGAUUCAUCCCAUCUCACCGCCUCAACGCCCUCAACCCCUUCAGGUAAAUGGGAAACAACAGACAAGUGGCUCCUUCUCUGACUCAUCAGGUAGCCGUGGCACUGGUGUGUUUCUUCCUCCUCCUCAUUCUUCAACCCAUCAUCCUCCACUUCCAAUUCAAAAGUCACACACCAACCAUAAUAACAAACUCACCCGUUGCAAAGGAAUCUGGAAACGCGUAAACAAAAACGAUGAUGAAGUGGUGAAGCAGCAAAUGGAAGGGCAGCAAAAUACUACUGUUCCUUCUCCUCCUGAUCUUAUGGGAUUGCCAAAGGAGUGGACAUACUAGCUCAAUUUUUGUGAGUCUAGAAAAAGGAAUUAAGUCUUAAUUAAUGGCCCAAAUAAAGAGGAAAAUACAAAGAUGAUAUAAGUGGUUUUUUUUUCUUUCUUUCGAAAUCUGGUUAAUAAUAAAGGUUUUGAACUUAUCGAUAUUUACUCUGAUCUGCAUAAUAAAUAAAAGAUAAAUAAUAUAGCUCCCUUGAUGAUAUAUCC